AUGCCAGUAAAACUUGUCCACUGUUUCUCCUUUGUUUGCCAACUUGCCGAUCUUCGUCGUCGUCUUCUGCGCCUUAGAGAAGAAAUUACUGUGUACAAUGAAAACAGAAACUACUUAAUAAAGGAAGAUGAGAUCUCUGUCGACGACGAAGAAAGACGUUUAGAGGAUUAUGAGAGACGUUUAGCGUCUGCAGGUUCAUAUGAGGACCAAAGUCAGUACGAUAUCGAUGCUGCCGCAGAGGUUCUGGCAGCAGUUUAUCCUGAUCGUGACCCUAGAGCGGUCAUGAAAAAGAAAGGACUUCUCUUUCAUGAUUCUGAUAGUAGUGAAAGUAGUAGCAACGAAUGUAAUAAUGAUCUCAGUGAAGAACCUGAGGGAGAUGGCACGUCGGAGGAUACCUCUGGUUCGGCUCAUGAAGGUCGAGAAGCUGCGCAAAUGCAGUAUGAGCAACGUCGCUCUCGUUGGAGGCGCGUCUUGCGCACAGCAUUGCCGCUGCAGGUAGGACGUUGA